AUGCCUUCAACUACAUCAUCAUCAUCAUCAUCGAAUAUAGUACCUUCAUUUCAUCAUCAAACCGAAGUUGAAUUAAGAUCAUUUGGUGAUAACUUUGAUCAUUGGAGAGAGUUUUAUCUAUCAUCACCAUCUUCAUCAUCAUCAUCGACAACAACAACAACAUGUUAUAGAUCAGGUGGAUUUUCAUAUUCAAAUACUCCUCAUACUAGAAAUAGAUUCAUAUUAUGGAGAGCAAACAAUUCAGUAUUAGAACUGUCAGAGUUUGACAUGGGAUUGAGAUUAGAUGAUUCAUCGAUUCGUAUCAACUUUCCAGCAACUAUAAAUCAGAAUAGUGGUGUUUGCAUCUUUGAAUGCAAUCAACAAUAUAUUGUUAUCAUGGUAUUAUUGGAUACAAAGAUACUCUAUAGAUUCACUUUUGUACAUCCAUGUGCCGAUUCUUCAAAUUUGAUUGGAAACAAAAGAAAACAAGAUCAAUAUGCUAAUAGUUUGGGUGGAUUAAAGAAAUCGAUAUUUUAUAACAUUUCAAUUGGCGAUUUGGAAAACUCUGCUUCAAUGAUGAGAUCACCAUUGAUUGGAGGAGGUGAUUCCGUAGAGGUAACAGUCUGCAAGAUACUGUCACCAACUAGAUUAUGUGUUGCCACCAAUCAUUCAAAUUAUGCACUGUGGAUUGAAUUGUCCGAUGUAUCACCACCAGCAUCAUCACACCACCACCAACACCAACAUCAACAAGACUCAAUGGAUCAAUCUAUGAAUGGAGAUUUGACAGUGAUUAAAAAGGUAGAGUUGAAGGAAGGAGGUUUCUUGUCAUCUUUUAUUCCAUCAAAGUAUACAUCCUCUUCAUCUUCAUCGUCACCCGUUCAAGACAUUCAAUUCCUUCAACACCAGUCACAACACAAUCCAACCAUCUAUGUAUUUGUAUUACACGCCGACAAUACAAUUAAAAUUUGGUCUGCACAAGAGAAACAAUGUCUAUUUACAUUUACAAUUGAUACUGAAAAUUGGUCUCAAACAAUUCAGUCAUCCUCUUCGACUCGUAAAAUGUUUAAAUUAUACAAUCAUAAUUUAAAUUCAAAUAAUUUUAAUCUCUUAUCAUUCUCUUUAAUUCUUUAUAUUGAAAUGGAAGAAAGUGAAUCUCAUUUUCAAUUUUAUUCAGGAUUAAUUGAACCAAAUAAUACAAGAUUACAAUUACAAAGAGUAUCAUAUACCAAAUCAACAGGAUUAAUUGAUUUUAGUGUAACUGCUCAAAAAGAUACUUUAUAUGCAUUGUUUAAAUCAGAUAGUACUACGAGUCAAUUGGAUCAAUCAGACUAUGUAAAUGAUUCAACUGAUUCACCAUCAUACUCUAUCGAAUAUAUUUCAUGUGCUGGAGUCAUUUCAACAUUUGUGGGUGAUGGUAGUAACGAUGUGAAUAUGGCAUCGUCGGAUGAAUACUCUGAGAAUAUUAAUAUGGAAUACAAUAUCUUUCACAAGGUUGAUAUUGCACAACAACAACGAACCAAUGAUAAACCACCAUCUGCCGAUUCCAUCGAAUCCCACUACCUCGAAAGAUUAUUCAAUAGAGGUUAUUUCUCAAAAAGAUCUAUUCAAAAGGCUUUAAAUAUUUAUAGUCCUUCCUAUUCAAUGUCUCCAACCAUUCCAUUAGAAUAUCAAAUUUCAAAAUUAAUUAAAAAAAAGAUUACAAAUUUAUCAAAUAUUGGAAAUAAUCAAAAUAAUAGUGUAGAUGAUCAACAAGAAGAAAUGAUAGCAUAUAAUGAAUGGAAUGAAUUUUAUCAAAUUUGUUUAAAUCAAGCAAAAUAUGAUAUUCAACCAACUGGUUUAUUUAUUAAUCAAUCUUUAAAUUUAAUUUUCAUUGUUAAAAUGAACAAAUUAUCAAUAAUUAGAAAUAAUAUUGAAAAAUUUGAUUCAUUAUUAAGUAGUUCAAUUGGAUCGGAAUCAUUUAAUAGUGCAUUACAACAACUUGGAAGUCAAUUCCAAGAGGAGGAAGUUCAAGUUCGAAACAUUGAAUAUGUAUUGGAAUGUUGUAAAAUGAUUGACAAGAGUGUUGAUUAUGACUAUUCAUCGAUUGAAUAUGAUUUACAAAGAUCACAAACCAAUACUGCAUUGGCAUCUGAAGUGAAUAGCAAUAUUUUAACAUGUUCAAUUAAUAGUAUGGCAGAUAGAGUUUCAACAACUAUGAAACAUAAAAGACAAGGAGCAAGACAAUCAAAUAAUCAACAACAAAUGAUAGUACAAUCAAAAUUCACAGUUGAAUUUACAAAACUUUUUAAAAUGAUUGAAACUCCCAUUAAAACAAUCUCAUCAUUGAUUGUUUUAUUGAAUCAAGAUUUUGAAAAGGAAUCAUCAUCACUCCAAAACAACAAUAAUAAUGGAAACAGUGAUUUGUUUAGUGAUAUGAUUGUAUCAUGUUUUAAACAAUCUAUUCAAGCCAAGUAUCAAUUUGCUAGAUCACUUUCACUAUUGUUGUGUAUAGUGUCUCGUCUUAGAUCACAAUUGUCCCUCUCAUGUGAACAAUUAUUGACAAUUGAAAAGAAUCUAACUCCAACCACCUAUAGAGUAUUAAAUACCUAUUAUACUUUAUAUUGGUUUACAAAUCAACUUUAUUAUCCUUCUUCUUCUUCUUUAGAUAUUGAUCAUAAAAUGAAUAUAAUUGAUAAGAAACAACAACAAACUACAUUUAAAAGUCCAUUAUUGUUUGUUCUCAUUUCACAAAAUAUGGAUUAUUUUUCAACUCUGUUGACACCGUCAACAUCAAUCUUGGAUAAUAUUCAAUUACAAAUUGAAAAGAUUGUACAUCUUUUGGCCUAUAAAAAUGAUGUAUUCCCAAUUGCAACUUAUUUAACAGAGAAACAACAAUUUAAACAACUUUCUGUAUUAUUAACAAUGAUACAAAAGAAUAGACCAAUAUUAUUAGAUGAAUCAUUAAAUCCAUUAACAACAACUACAACCAUGCCAUCAUAUUAUUAUUUAAUGGGAUUGUGUUUUGCUCAUUUUUCAAAGUAUUCAGAAGCCUAUCAAUAUUUGAUUAAAUCAUCGGAAUCGUUAAAAUUGCAAGGUGAAAUAUCAUUGGAUUCAAUCGAUCCUCACAUUAAGCAUAUUUGUAUACUGUCAGAUGAAGAAUUGGUACCAAACAUCUUUACCAUCAACAAUAGUGAUAUCUCUCCUCCAUCCCCUCCCCCUCCAUCAAUUGCUCAAAUGCUCUACAAACUGUUGCUCAAGUGUUCCAAGGUGUUUGAAUUAAGAAACCAAUUAGACUAUUGUAUUCAAUUGUCAUUAUUGGCUAUUCAAUACUCUCCACAACAGGAACAUGGACAAGGACAAGGACACAUCGGACAAACCAACGAUAUAUCAAAUAGUUAUGUUAAUAUAUUCAAGUAUGCCAUCAAGAUGUCACAGUAUCAAGUUGCUUAUCAAGCCAUUGUAAUGAAUCCAGAUAGAAGAGUCAUGUUGGAAUGUUUGGAGAAAUUCAUUGUUAUCUUGUCCGAGGGAUAUGGAAAGAGUGAUGUGCUAGAGUCGUUACCAUUUGUUGGUAUCUAUCAACAUGUUGAAGCUAUCCUAUUAAACAAAGCUAGAGCACAAGACCUACUCGUCUCACCAGACUAUUACUCCAUCUUGUAUUCUCUUCAAAUGAAUCAUUCAAACUAUAACAAGGCAGCCGCCAUCAUCUAUGAAAAGUCAACAAGAAUCAUCUCUGAAACAAGUGCUUCUGGUAAAUUUGUUCGCAACAAGGGCAGUGCCGCAGACACUUCCAAUCUCUAUCAAUCCAAACUCAACUAUCUUAGUAUGUCUAUCAAUUGUUUGGAAUUGAUUGAAAAUGAAAAUAAUAGAUGGAUUUCAAUCGAUAAUCAUUGUUUCGACCAUAACAAUAACAAUAGCAAUGGUAAAGGUAAGAGAAAAGUAAAUUCAAAUAAUAAUAUUAUUUUAUCAUUCCAAAAACAUAAUGAAAAUGAUAAUAAUGAUAAUGAUAAUAAUAAUAAUGAUGAUAUCAAUGGAACAAAUGGUGGUCAAAGUAUAAUAAUGCACAAAGAUAUUAAAAAGGAAUAUCUUUUUUAUAAUUGUCAUUUUAUGAUUUAUCAAAUGGAAAAACAACAAGAUUCAUCUUCUCCUACUUCUUCUUCAUCAUUGCCAAUAUAUUAUCAUCAAGAAAAUAAUCAACAACAACAAUCAAAUCAACAAUUAAUUCAAAAAUUAAUUCAAUUUGGUAUGAUUGAUAAAUGUUUUAGUUUGGCAGUUGCCAAUGAUUUAGAUAUGAGUGUCAUAUUUAAAUCAUUUACUACUAUGUGUAUUGAAUAUGAAUUGGACCCAACCAAGAACCCAUUCUCAUUCUCGCCACAGGCUUUUGAUACAUACAAUCUUCACUACCUCAACGAUAAUGUAAAGAUUGUUUGGAGUUUAUUGGCCAAAUAUCUCGAGAGAUAUGAUAGCUUUACUACUGAUCCAGCUAUUGCUCAGAGUACCUAUCAAAUCGCAAACAACAAGAUCGCUACAACAUCGAAUCAAGUGUAUGGUCAAGUGAUUGUAAACAGUGUAAAACAAAACAAAGAUGGUUUUUACACUUUCCAAAUCAGUAGUGGUAGUUUGGGACAAGGCAGUAACAACAAGUUGGAUGUCAUCCUACUUGGUCACCACAAUGGCAAGGUUGUCCAAAAAUACUUGCCACCAUUCUUUAAAGAGGGAUAUGGAGUGGUGCUUGGAGGAAAGAUGGUAUCUUCUGGUCAGCGCUUUGAAGCCACUGAAAUCUAUUGCAAGAGUGGUAUUGACAAUUGUCAACAACAAGCAGGUUACUAUUACGAGUUGGUUGCCAAUCAACUUUUAGAAUACCCUCUUCAACAAUUACCACUUCCAGAAUGGUUAUUAAAUGCUUAUUUCUUUAAAUCAAAUAAUAAUAAUCAACAACAACAACAAAGAUCACUUUCAAGAUUAGGAUCACUAUUCAAAUUAUAUUACAAAAACAACAGAGUUGAAGAAGCAGCCAAAACAUUGGAAUCUAUUUUCAGUCAGGCAGUCGCAACCAAAUCAACUCUGUCUCUUCCAUCAUUCAACAGUAUUGAUCAAUUUAUGGUGGAAUGCAAACAAUUAUUGGCCAAUAAUAAUAAUAAUAGAAACGUUAUACUAGAGGAUAGUAAUAAGAAAUCACUCCAACUUUUAUUUGAUAAUAUUCAAAAUUUAAUUAAAAAUGUUGUCUAA